AAAACUAUGUUGGCAACAACGUAAAGCAGAUAGACGUGCAAAUAAGUGACCGUUUUAUUGCGCGGCGACGAAACCAUGGAGGCCGGCAAGAAUGAUUUCAUGCAGCAGUACAAAACAAUUUCCCUGAAACUCAAAAAGAGAUUUCUUCGCAAACCAAAUUUGGCCGAAGUCAGCGACCAGUACAGCGCCCUCGGGAAACAGUUGCAGCACCAGGACUGUCCCCAUUAUGCCGGGAUGUGCAGCCUUGCUGCCGCCAAGUGUGAGCAGUCCAUGGGGAACAGCGCGGCUGAAGCCCAGGCACUGGCGCAAGGGGCGCGGCAGUUCUUCACCGCCGAGGCAGACUACCACGCGCUGCUGUGUCCGUCGAUCGACGAACACCUGGCGGCGGCAGUGCACUGCUUCUCGCGGGCCAUCGACCUCUACGUUCAACUCCAGGAGCCGUCCCUGGCUGCCGCGCUGUGCACCGAAGCCGGACAGUGCCUCCGCUCCAUCGACCGAGCGCACCUGGCGAUGUCUUUCCUGCAGCGCGCUGUACAGUUGCAGAGCAAGUGUGCCUUGGGCUACGUGGAUGCGCUUCAAGAACUGGCCAGCUGCCAAAUUGAAACCGGUGAUUACUCCGGCGCCCUGUCGUCGUUCACCGAAGUUUACACAAUAUCUCAGGAAAAGAGCAUGCUCGGUGGUCGCCCUAUGGGCGCCAUGGCAACGACUCUGGCAUCAGCCGAGAUCAUGCGGCUCCUCCUGCUGUUAGUACUACAGCCAUCGGCGCAAAAGAUGCCUGCGGAGCACGCUGCCCUUCUUGACCGUUACCUGUAUGACAGCCCGGAAGAGACAACGCCGAGCAAACCGAGCUACCUGAACGAGGACGUUUUCCUGCUCCUGCAAUCACUAGUGAUGGCGUUUGAGAGCAAGGACCGAGAUUCGGUCAAGCUGCUUCAGAGUCAUCUGUGGCCUUUGCUGAAGGCUGAGCAAAACGACCUUCUCCACGAAGCAGUCGACAGACUUUGCAAAUGACCGUGGUGCAAGGACAGUCACGCUGCACAAGCGUUGUGCAGUCAUUGCCGUAUGCAACGUUUUGUUGCCUGUAUAUAACGUCACUGCCAACACCGGCAGUAUUGGGAAACGUGUUUGUCCGCAUUGUACAGCGUCGGCAUUCCGAUGAGGCUUGCUGUUGGAAUAGACUGCAUACCUGUAAAUUAUUGAAGAAAGUCACAGACGCAAGCCCCGACAGUUGAAAAAAAGAACAGGCUGUGCUUUUAUUUCUUAAAAUUGAAAGGUGCACGAUCCAUUCCAGGAUAAAAUGACUGUGGGCUGAUGUCAACUGCGUUGGCCACGGGAACGUGUACAGCACAGAAGACUUGUGGAAGUCAGGAAUGACUUGUAAACCAACACAAAAGACGAGUAAAUUGUGAUCUAGUACCAGCAUCCGAGCAAAGAUGUGCUUUGGGUGUGAAACGCAGCUUUGUUUCAAGAUAAAAUGACUAGUUGUUGAAAGCAGUACUUGCGAGGCAGUGAAGGUGAUCUAUUGUGACUAGUGACUAAAUUCACGUGCUGGCUCAGAAUGGUGGAGUCACUUUGGAUGCAUAACAUGUGAGUAUUACGUAAAUGGAAUGACCAGACUCUUGUAAAAACACCAAAUAAACAUUAUAUUGA